AUGCCUUGGAAUGACGAUUUUGCACAAGGAAAACAAAACAAUGUAUGGAUUAGUUACAACUCUAGCUCAAAAAAUCUUAGCAUUGCCUUCACGAGUUUUCUAAAUGAUACAAAUGGUAUCCAAGUGGAGAUAACCAGUUAUCUUUCUUACAUUGUUGAUCUAAAACAAUACUUGCCGGAUUGGGUCAUUGUUGGGUUCUCUGCUGCAACCAGUAAUGAGCUUGCUGUGCAUAAGAUCCUCUCAUGGAAUUUUACUUCAACUGCUCUGGUUGAUGAGGGCAACAAACCAGUAUUUCCUGCGUCAAUCCCCGCUGUUAAACCUAAGUCAUCAGGAAGUGCCAAUAUCAGACUCUUCAUUGGUUGGGUGGCGGUGGUUUUCUAA